AUGAGCAAGAAACAGCUAAGUAUAACCGAAUGUCAUCGUCUCUUGUCUCAGCCUGGGUCGCCUUUGGAGACUGAAGAGAAGGUUAUCUUUGGUCGGCGCACCAAAGUAUGGAAGAAUCAAGCGCCGCAUUUCCGAGAGUGGAUCCUCCUCAAUUACGAAAAGCACAAGAACAAAAUCUUCGUUUCUGCCCCGCUCCCUAGAAGGGAACCUUACCCGCCUCUGGCAGAAGGCGACAUUGGCAUCGAUGCCCGGGAGUACUGGACUUUUGGGGAGAUUCUCGAUAGAGGUCUAAAGCUUGCGGCCUGGCUGAGGAGCCGAGGGAUCAAACUUGGGGACAAGGUAGUCAUUGGAGGCAAGAACUGUGCGCCAUGGAUCGUAUCUUACACCGCCAUACACCUUCUCGGAGCAGUACCUGUGUGUCUUAACGCGUGGCUACCUCGGGAGCAGCUGGUCUACCUGAUCAAGCUAGUUGACUCAAAGCUGCUUCUCCUGGACGAAGACCGCGCCCGAAUACUUAGCCCUUACACGCGCAUCGCAGAGUUUGGAUUGCCGCCUAUGUACUGUUGGAGCGACACGACCUACCUUCCAUCUAUAAUUGAAGUACUCAGCACUCCUAACCCUCAAGGCGUCCAGGAUAUCUUGGACGGCGGAGGGCUAGAAGAGCUCGGUCCGGAGAGCGACGGUAUGAUCUUCUUUUCUUCUGGCACGAGUGGUGUUCCUAAAGCUGUCCUCAGUACCCAGAGAGCCUCAUUGUCGAGCGCCUUAUCCGGUAUGGUAGGCUUUGCUCGCGCCCUUCUUCGAGCUGGUCUUUCCAUUCCCACUCCCGAAGAAACUGCCGCCGAGCCCCAAAAAGCCAUUCUACUCUCUGUCCCGCUCUUCCAUGUGACGGCUUGUCUGCAAUGGCUGUCUCGGUCAAUCACGUUCGGCAAUACGCUCGUGGUGUCUGACAAGUGGGACAUCAAGGAGGCUGUGCAAUUGAUCCAGAAGGAGAAAAUCACUUCCAUAGGCGGAGUGCCUGCUAUAGCCAGCCAGAUCAUGCAGUCUCCGGAUCUACCUCGAGAUACUACGAUAGACGGCGUCUUCUACGGCGGAGCGCCUUGUAGCAAGGGCUUGGCGUCGCAGAUCUCGAACCGGUUCCCCAAUGCAGAUCUGAGCCAGGGAUAUGGCUUGACAGAGACCAACGCGAUAGCCGUGUCAAUUGCUGGACAAGACUACCUCGAUCGACCUGAAAGCACUGGCCUGCCAGUCUUUACGAGCGAGGUCAAAAUUGCGGACCCCGAUACCCUCAAAGAGGUGCCGGUUGGGCAGAAUGGUGUUAUACUUCUCAGAGGCGUCAACGUCAUGAAAUGCUACUACAACAACGAGAAAGCAACAAGGGAGGCGAUUGACGAUGAAGGCUGGUUCAACACUGGUGACGUGGGUUGUCUCGACGAGGAAGGAUUCCUGUAUAUGAAGGACAGAAUCAAGGACCUCAUUAUACGAGGUGGCGAGAACAUCGCAUCGCAGGAUGUCGAAAAUGCCCUCACCUCUCACCCGCACGUCAACGAAGUCGCCGCCAUCGCCCUUCCUCACCCGAUCCUCGGCGAGACCGUCGGCGCCGCCCUCACCCUUCGCGCCACAGCUUCAGAGACGGGCAAGGGAGGAAAGGUCAAAGUCACUGAGGACGAUAUCAUCAAGCAUGUCCGUGGAAAGCUGGCCAAGCAUGCGGUACCGGUGAUGGUGAUGAUUUGGAAAGAGCUUGAUUUACCGAGAAACGUCAAUGGCAAGAUUGUCAAAAGAGAGAUCAGAGACAUUGCUCGCCAAGAAUGGGCCAGAAGGAAUGGUAUCAAGCAAAUAGACGAACAAGCCAAACUGUGA